UUCCUUCACACUUUCAUUAGCUAGCUCUUCCUCCAUUCAAAAACUUGCAAAACUUUUUCUCAUCUUUUAGCAAAAAUUUAUUAGCUAGCUAGCUCAACAUGUCUAACUCAUACUUAACUUGCAGUUUUCUUUCUUCCAUCUUUGUUCUUUCUUUGAUUUUCAUUUUCAUCAAAAGAAAGAAAACAAGGUAUAAUCUUCCACCUGGAAAAAUGGGAUGGCCCUUUAUAGGAGAAACCAUUGGUUAUUUGAAGCCUUACACUGCCACCACAAUGGGAGAAUUUAUGGAAAAUCACAUAGCAAGGUAUGGGACAAUUUACAAGUCAAAUUUGUUUGGAGGGCCAGCUAUUGUAUCAGCAGAUGCAGAAUUGAAUAGGUUCAUAUUACAAAAUGAUGGAAAAUUGUUUGAGUGUAGCUAUCCAAAAAGCAUUGGUGGAAUACUUGGAAAAUGGUCAAUGUUGGUUUUAGUAGGUGACAUGCAUAGGGAAAUGAGGAAUAUAUCACUAAACUUUAUGAGCUAUGCUAGGCUUAAAACACAUUUUUUGAAAGAUAUGGAGAAGCAUACCCUUUUUGUUCUAAGCUCUUGGAAAGAAAAUUGUACAUUUUCAGCUCAAGAUGAAGCAAAAAAGUUCACCUUCAAUUUGAUGGCCAAACAAAUCAUGAGUUUGGAUCCAGGGAAUCUUGAGACAGAACAGUUGAAAAAAGAGUAUGUCUGUUUCAUGAAAGGUGUUGUUUCUGCUCCUUUGAAUUUGCCAGGAACUGCAUACAGAAAAGCAUUAAAGUCUAGGAACAAUAUAUUGAAGUUCAUAGAGGGGAAAAUGGAAGAAAGGGUGAAGAGAAACCAAGAAGGAAAAAAAGGGAUGGAGGAAAAUGAUCUUCUAAAUUGGGUUUUAAAGCAUUCAAAUCUUUCCACUGAGCAAAUUCUUGACUUGAUUCUAAGUUUACUUUUUGCUGGCCAUGAAACUUCAUCUGUGGCUAUAGCUCUAGCUAUUUACUUUUUGCCUAGUUGUCCUCAAGCUAUACAACAAUUAAGGGAAGAGCAUAGAGAAAUAGCUAGAUCCAAGAAGAAAGCAGGGGAGGUUGAAUUAACUUGGGAUGAUUAUAAAAGAAUGGAAUUUACUCAUUGUGUUGUGAAUGAAACACUAAGGUUGGGUAAUGUUGUGAGAUUCCUUCACAGGAAGGCUAUCAAAGAUGUUCAUUACAAAGGUUAUGACAUUCCAUGUGGAUGGAAAGUCCUUCCGGUGAUUUCAGCGGUACAUUUGGAUCCUUCAAAUUUUGACCAACCUCAACACUUCAAUCCUUGGAGAUGGCAGGUUAGUAGUAAAAGUGGAAAUUGUGCAAGCAUGAGCAAUAACAACUUCAUGCCAUUUGGAGGAGGACCAAGGCUAUGUGCAGGAUUAGAAUUAGCCAAACUUGAAAUGGCUGUUUUCAUUCACCAUAUCAUCCUCAAAUACAACUGGGACAUGGUCGAUGUUGAUCAACCUAUUGUAUACCCUUUUGUUGAUUUUCCCAAAGGUUUGCCAAUUAGAGUCCAAAGCCAAGCCACUCUUUAAUAUCAACAAAAUCCAUCUGAACCCCUCUUGGUACCAUAAAUAAUAAGAGUCCUUAUAGUAGUAGUUUUUUCAAUUUACAUAUCGAAGUAGAUUUAUUUAAUGUGAACAAUUCCAUGCUGCUUUGAUUUUAUCUUCCUAAGCCAUCCUUUAGUUUUAUGGCAGCAUAACAUGUACUUUUCAACGGUCGCUGCAAUUUACCUUUUGUAAAUAUUCUAAUAAUCUUUAGUGCAUUAUCUAUUAAAUUUUA